UGACACCUGUUCAGAUUACAGCUGAUCGCUGGCACCACAAUAAUCCCGAUUUUCUGCCGAUCGCGGGAAGUUUUUUGCGAGGUUUUCCAAAAUGUUGCACGUAACAACAGAGAUUGGGAAGGUCGGCAGGCAAGAGCGCGAGAAGAGACAUUACGAUGAGAUGUGGGAGAUGGGAGCAGACAGGCAGGUGUACCGACCGUCCGGGAGAGUCUACAUCCCGCACGGGAGGGGGCAUCCCGCCUCCAAGAGACCUCAUCCACAACACGUGGAGCCGGAGUACUCAGAAUGCGGACCAGACUGGAAGUCUCGGCUGAGAUGGCUGCCACACCCGACCCAACCUAACGCUAAACACCCUCACAGGUUCCACCAGAUACUCAGGACAUACCCUGGAAUCCACAAUGCCCGUACGGGUACAGAAUGGACGGCUUACCCUAACCACACCCUCCCGUUUGGCUACCACACGGGGAAGCGCUGCUAUAUAGAAGGUUCCCACCAGCGCAGUCGGCAGUCUUUUGAAGAAAUCACCGACACCAUGAGGCUUGGAACCAGGUUCAAGGUUGGUGAUCCACGAGGCGGUAUCCCAGCAGCCUCUCCUGGAGACAAGUCGUACCAGGUGCCAGAGUACUCCCCGCAAUUCCACCAGAUGGGAUCAACCAGACCUGUGGUCGUCUUCGGGGGCAGUGCCAAAGUGAAGCCUGACACUUUUAUCCCUCUCAUCCCCCUGCCAGCAGUACCUGUCAAAUCUUACAGACUGAAGGAGAGAGAAAGAAGGCACACGGCUGAGGUCAAGACCGUGGAGAGACUGGAGUUGUGGCGGCCUGCGACCCCCCUGGAAGUUAGCCCGGUCAGCAGUUAGAACAAUCUUGCCAGGACAUAUAUUUGUUUCAAACCUUCAUACAUCACAUGGCUGUUCCAGAAAACAAUGGGGUAGAUGGCAGAUUCAAAGUUAUGCUCUCAUAUUCUACCUUACGCCUAACCCAGGGCCUGGAAAAGUACACAAUGUACAUCUGUGUGUCAUGUAACAUCAGCAUUACUGUGCAUUUCAUUUUCACCUAACUCACCCUUUUUCUGAAGGAACCCUUAAAAUAACAUGUCACAUGCUGCUGCCUGUAACAAUGCUUGUAAAUAAUGUGUACCUGUUUGUAU